ACAUGCUCCCUUUCAGGAACGCUGCUCUCAAAAAGGGGUCUAAGACACCACCACCCCAGACCUUGGAUGACUACGUUCCUGAGUGUGAUAGGGAAUUCUAGAAAUCGGGACAGAAGCUCUACCAUUUCAAUCCUUUAAACUAACGCAAUCAGUCCCAUGUGUAAAAGCAGCUGCAGCUGAAUCAAUCCUUAGAGCACCGUUGCAGCUCCCAGCAUUCACUGCGCCGCCUACAUUUCCCAGCAAGUAGCACUGAUGCACAAGAGUAACAGAAGACUAAACCGCGCUAGCGUAUUGCCUUCUGGGGCGUGGCAGGAUUUUCUAGACUUUUGUGGUCUCUGCCAUUUGGCACUUUUCCCGAGAUUGUGGUUUGGUUGGUCUCUUGUGAAUGUUGUGUGUGUGAGAAUAAGGUUUUAUUUUGUCGUCAGUAGGUGGCGGUAAUAGGGCCUAUUUGGCCUUGCUUCGCCAUAAAACUCCAUUGGAAGAUUUCCUAGACUCUCCUCCCUAGCUGAACAAGUGGGAGUGCUUCCUUCCGGGUUGUUUCUACGCGCGUGCGCGGCGACCCGUCUGGCGUCGUACCUCGCCUGCUCCGCUGUUCAGUUAGCGACAUUCGCUCGCGCGCCCGCCCGUCCGUCCGUGAUCUUCUCUCUUGCUCGCUCUUUGAGAAAAUGGCUGCCCUACGCCGCGCUCGCAGUGACUCCCGCUGCGUGGUUCGCUUCUCUGACCGAGAACUCUACUAAAUUCUCUUCCCUGCUUGUUACCGCUCGUGAGGGAGGGGAAUAAAAACAAAAUACGGAUCGCGGCCGUCGGUUGCCAGUAAGGGAGCGGAAGGCGUGAACCCGCGGAAGAGGCCGCCCUUGCCUGAAGCAGCAACAGCGCCGCAGCUUGACGAGAACGACCGUUGGACAGACCGCCUGGGCAUAACAGCCCCGGCCUCAGCAUGGCAGAGGGUGAAGAAGAUUGUCACUCUGAUAUGAUAAGAGCAGAUGACAAUGAAAGGUCUGGGGAAGCAAAUCUUCAGGCAGAGCUCCAGAUGUUCAGAGCACAGUGGAUGUUUGAACUUACCCCAGGGGUGAGCUCUACGGGUUUGGAAGCUCGAUCCUGCAGAACGUCGGGAAGAGGGCCUUCAGUAAAGGCUAUAGAUACCAAAGGAAAGCUGGAACUAGCAAAAGAGGAAAAGGCAAGAGAACUGUUCCUGAAAGCAGUAGAACAAGAACAAAAUGGGGCUCUUUAUGAAGCUAUUAAGUUCUAUCGCCUGGCUAUGCAACUGGUCCCAGAUAUUGAGUUUAAGAUCACCUACACCCGCUCUCCAGAUGGUGACAAUAUUGGGAAAAACUACAUUGAAGAUAAUGAGAAUGAUAGCAAGAUGGCUGACCUUCUAUCCUACUUCCAGCAGCAAUUUACUCUUCAGGAAUCAUCCAUCAAACUAUGUCAGCCUGAGCUUGAUGUGAAUCAGACUCAUAUCUCAGUAUUGCCUAUGGAGCUAUUGAUGUAUAUUUUUCGAUGGGUGGUUUCCAGCGAUCUGGAUCUGCGGUCUUUAGAACAGUUAUCGUUGGUCUGCAGAGGUUUUUACAUUUGUGCCAGGGACCCUGAAAUCUGGCGUCAGGCCUGUUUGAAGGUUUGGGGCAGGACCUGUAACAAAGUGGUUCCUUACACCUCAUGGAGGGAAAUGUUUUUGGAAAGACCUAGAGUUCGAUUUGAUGGUGUGUACAUCAGCAAGACAACAUAUAUACGUCAAGGAGAACAGUCUCUUGAUGGCUUCUAUAGGGCAUGGCACCACGUGGACUAUUACAGGUACCUGAGAUUCUUCCCAGAUGGCCAAGUAAUAAUGCUAACAACUCCGGAAGAACCUCAGUCUAUUGUUCCUCGUUUACGAACUAAAAACACAAGAACGGAUGCAAUCCUGCUUGGCCAUUAUCGCCUUUCCCAGGAUACGGACAAUCAAACCAAAGUAUUUGCUGUAAUGACAAAGAAGAAGGAAGAGAAACCAAUUGACUACCACAAGUACAGAUAUUUCUGCCAUGUCCCUGUGCAAGAAACUGACCACAGCUUUCAUGUAGGGCUACAGCUGUGUUCAAGCAGCCGCCAGAGAUUCAACAAACUUGUUUGGAUUCAUCACUCUUGUCACAUUACUUACAAGUCUACUGGUGAAACAGCAGUCUCUUCUUUUGACAUUGACAAAAUGUACACCCCUCUGUUUUUUGCACGAGUGAAGAGCUUUACUGCAUUUUCAGAAAGACCUCUAUAAGAAGGUCACAUCUCUUACUCUUGCAUGAAAAAUUACAGCAAACAACACUUAAGUUAUAAAUGUGUAUAUAUAUAUAUAUAUAUAUAUUUGAAUUUUAUUUUAAAAUUGGGAAAACUUUUUGGAAGAUAUAAACUGGAAAUAAUUUGAUCUAGGGUGGCAGGGUUAUUUUAUUGGUUCUGAAGUCAAGUUUACACAUUAUUUUAAACUUGUUUAUGUUGUGAAAAGACUUUGAUACCAUAAAAAGGCAUUUUUGCCAUGUCAUUUUAUGAGCAAAUUUAUAAACUGUUCUCUUACCAGUGUAAGGCCUCAUCUGCCUAUGCACCUUAAGUUCAGGAAUUGUUAUAAACCUACUGCUGUACAUAAGACAUGGUGUGUGUGCAUUGGGGGAAGGCUCAAAAUGUGAAGAAUUUGUCCUACAUCUGUGUGUGGCCUACACAAAUGUAAAAUAAAUGAUUUCUUUGAAUACAUGUAUUUGGGUUGCCUUUCAAGAAGAGACAUUGACUUCAUUGUAAACUACAGCCUUACAAAAAAAAUAAGCAAGGGCAAGCAAUGUUGGAAGUUCGGCUUCAAUGUUGGAAGUUCAUCUGUUUUGGCAUUGUAUUGUUUCACACAUCACAACUGUCAAUCCAGUAGCUAUUAAAUUGCAAGGGGGAGAAGAUAAGAGAGAAGUCACAUGGGGAACUGGCUGCCUUUCUUUUCUUCUUGAUAGCAAUUCGGAGCACUGAACUUGAAACUGUGUUUUUUGAAUUCUGUUAUGCAAACUAGAAUAGGGCUGUACUCAAGUAUGUUUGUCUUUUCUAUGUUUAGCUCUUCACCUAACUGCUAAAAAUACUGCACACCCCUUGGGUGGUUUGUCACACUAAACAAUGUUUUUGCUUUUGGGGACUCCUACAGAUGUUCAGGUACUGUGUGCUGCUUCUCCUGCGUAUGUACUUUGCGAGUUGGAUGCAACUGCUGUAUGACGCUUAUCAUAAAUAUGUACUUACAAUCAUAAAACUAAAAUUUCUAAAUGUUUUUCUUCUCCCA